GGCUCAGCAACCCCUCAUUCUCCAACACACACCAGCAUGGCACCUUCUGUUGUUCAGGCCACUGUAGGACUCCUUUUCCUUCUUGCCUCUGCGCAUGCGCAAGUAAGAGGAGACAGCCUGGCAGCAUGCUCGCCAAAUGACGGUUUUGGAAGGUACUGCCCGACCACAUGUGGAGUGGCCGAUUACUUGUUUCGAUACUUACCAGACGUCAGCAGAGAUCUGAAAUACAUGGAGAAUGACCUGGAGCACAUCGCCAACAUGACCACAGACACGGAGGACAAUGUGGUAAACAUGAAGGACUCAGCCACAGCUGCACAGAAGAGCUCCCAGUCAGAGAACUACAUAAAAAAAUCAGCUAGCAUGUUGGAUGAUGUCCUACGGUAUGAAAAGACCAUCCUUGCACAAGAACAGCAAAUAUUUGAACUGCAGAACAUUCUCUCAUCCAAUCAGAGGAGGAUGGCUGAGCUGGAGAGCAUGUCCGCCCAGCUUAAACAGAAGUGCCAGGAGCCAUGUCAGGACUCUGUUGUAAUCCAGCCCACCACAGGCACAGAUUGUCAAGAUGUUGCCAACAAAGGAGCCACCACCAGCGGCCUGUAUUACAUCAAACCUACUACAGCACCAGAACAAUUCUUGGUCUAUUGUGAAAUCGAUGAAUUUAGACGAGGGUUCACUGUUCUUCAAAGGAGACGAGACGGCAGCGUGGAUUUUAAUAAGAACUGGAUCCAGUAUAAGAACGGCUUUGGGUACCUCUCCCCAGAUGACACUACAGAGUUCUGGCUGGGCAAUGAUAAAAUCCACUGGCUGACCGUGGGUUUGACCAUCCCCACUGUGCUGCGGAUAGAGUUGGUGGAUUGGGAGGGCAACAAAAGAUAUGCAGAUUACAACAUGUUUGCCCUGAGUCCAGAGACUGACAUGUACCGUCUCACUUAUGGAUUCUACUUGGGUGGAGACGCUGGAGAUGCUUUCGCUGGCUUUGACUUUGGAGAUGACCCCAGUGAUAAGUUCUACACCAUGCACAAUGGGCAGCAGUUCAGCACCCAUGACAAGGACAACGAUAAAUAUGACGGGAACUGUGCCCAGCAGGACGGCUCUGGCUGGUGGAUGAACCGCUGCCAUGCAGCCCACCUCAAUGGAAAAUACUAUCAAGGUGGAAAGUACACAGCAAAGGAUGCUGGUGACUCCGGCUUCGAUAACGGCAUCAUCUGGGCGACCUUCCACGACCGCUGGUACUCAUUGAAGGAGACCACCAUGAAAAUCAUCCCCCUGACCCGCCUCGCAACUGGAGGCCAGCAAGGAGGCAUGAAAGAGUUUGGAGGACUGGGGGUCUAAAUGUGACACCAAUACAAGUUCCUUUUUGAGAUUAUCAAAUGCUUCCAAAAUGUCUCCUGUCUUUUCUGUGCUUGAUACUGGCCUACAUUAAAGGGUACCUGAUUUUUUUCCCAUG